CUUAUCGAAACUAUUAUGGCAUGGUCUGUAACAUUAGAAAAAAUCAUCGCUUUCUUGAGAAUGCAAUUGGCUUUCGCAUGCUGUUGGCCGCUAACACCCACUGCAACAAAAAAGCAAAUCAUUUAUGAUAAGCUUUUUCGUUUGUUCAACGGUUUGCACGCCAUGCUGAUGAUCUGUGCGGUGGCAUAUAGAAUUGUUUCUCAGUAUGAGAAUACGUUGGUGAUAAUACAACUAGGCUGCGUCUUAGGCACUUUAUGCGAAGUUCCAGUGCAAAUAUUUCUAUUUACGCAGCAGCACGAUCGUUUGCAAAAUAUAAUUUUGAAGAUGGAAAAUUACAGCAAACAUGCAAAUAUAGCAGAAAGGGAUGUAAUACAGGAAUAUAUAGAUAAACACAUAACAAUUUAUAUCACAACACUGUUAUUGAUGACCGUAACUUUAGUUGCUUUGAUUUUAGUGCCACUGGUGCUGGCUCGUCCCGUAUUAGAAUUAGAGUAUCCAUUUUCCAUUGAUUAUCAACCGAUGAAAGGGAUUAUUUAUUUACAUCAGUCAUUUGCUUUAUAUCAAGUCUAUGUUCAAGUCUGUGCCACCGUUUUUCUUGCUCUUUUACUUUGGUUCUCAACAGCUAGAUUUGAAAUUUUGGGCAAUAAAUUUCGCAUGGCUACAGAAUACUCUGAUUGGCAAGAAUGUAUACGAGAGCAUCAAGAGCUUUUAAAAUUUACGAAACAAGUAACUUUUUCCAUUUCAUAUGUAACGUUAUCAUCGCUAGGUGUUAGUACAAUAACGGUAGUAUUCAGCGGUCUUACCUUUCUUGGCAAAUUUCCAAUGUUUGUAAAAAUGCAAUAUUCGAUUGUAUGUUGCUCAUCAUUGGCAAAAGUAUUCUUAUGCACUUGGCCAGCUGAUCAUUUAAUGAGUAUGAGUUCUUAUGUUGGGGAGGCUGCAUAUAAUUCAUUGUGGUAUGAAUGUGGAGUUGAUACACAAAAGAUUAUGUUGUAUACUUUACUUCGAACUCAACGGCCUGUUAUUGUAUCUGUUCCUGGUUUGGUCGCAGCUUUAUCUUUGCAACAUUACGCAUCUUAUGUAUCUAUGGCAUUUUCUUAUCUGACGUCAUUUCGAGCAAUUCUUUCUAAUGAUGAGGAUUAAUAGGUAAUGAUAAAUGUGCACUCUUUAUUCCAAAAUAAAUAUCUAUG